UCUGGUUCGUCGGGGCAGGUUCGAGUUCGUUCGUGCGCUGAGUGUUCGUCCUGUCAGCUGUGCGCCUGUACGGCGUUAGCAGCCCGAUAAUGGCGAUGGGAAAAGGUUAUCGCGUUUUAGAAAAAUCCAAUCCUCCAAAUCCGUACAGUGUCCUUUUAGAGCAGCGCAACAAUGAUGACACACUGCUCUUCGAGUCCCAGGCUGUGGCCGUCUUGUCUCCUCAGGAGACUGAAUCCGUUAAGAGACAGUAUACAAAACUUCUUGAUGCUUACGGUUGUCUUGGAGUGCUUCAGUUGAAUGCAGGGGAAACAACAGUGCUCUAUCUAGUAAUGGUAACAGGAUGUGUUUCUGUUGGCAAAGUUGCUGAUUCUGAAAUUUUUCGUGUGACGCAAACACAUUUUGUUUCUCUAAGAAAUCAAGCUCAGGACGAAGAAAGAAUAUCAGAGGUCCGCAAGCUGUUAAACUCUGGCACAUUUUAUUUUUCGUGGUCGUCAUCUGGGGAUCCUCUGGACCUUACACUAUGUGCACAGCGCAGGACUAAAACAGCCGCAACUGAUAAUAGAUUCUUCUGGAACCGUAUGCUUCACAUACAUUUGCUGCGAUUUAGUGUAAAUUGCUCUGAUUGGCUUUUGAAAGCAAUGUGUGGAAGUGUAGAAAUACGCACUGUUUAUACUGGUAGCCGUAAAGCACAGGCUAUGAUAAUAUCAAGGUUGAGCUGUGAGAGAGCUGGAACAAGAUUCAAUGUCCGAGGCAGCAAUGAUGAUGGACAUGUUGCCAACUUUGUGGAAACAGAGCAAGCAAUAUAUCUUGACUCUGAAGUGACAUCAUUUGUCCAAACUCGUGGGUCUGUUCCGCUGUUUUGGGAACAACCAGGAGUGCAGGUGGGCUCACACAAAGUGAAAAUGUCUAGAGGAUACGAAGUAUCUGCUCCAGUUUUUGACAGACAUCUAUCUUUAAUCAAGGAUAGAUAUGGGCAUCAAGCUAUUAUAAAUUUGCUAGGGACAAGCCUCAUUGGAAGCAAAGAAGGGGAAGCUACUCUCAGUCAACUUUUCCAGGCUCAUCACAAAGCAUCCCAGCAUAAAGAUGUCCCACACAUAGUCUUUGAUUACCACCAAGAAUGUAGAGGAGGCAAUACUAAAAAUUUAGCUCGAUUGAAAGUUAAAGUUGAAAAGUAUCUAAAGGCCUUUGGUGUGUACUAUGGGAAGGGAGGUGAAAUGAUUUGUGAGCAGAAGGGGACUGUAAGAACAAAUUGUCUAGACUGUUUGGAUCGAACCAACUGUGUCCAAACUUUCUUGGGACUUGAGACAUUGUCAAAGCAACUUGAGCUUCUGAAUUUGAUGGUAAAACAAACUAUGGUAUCUCGUUUUGAAGAAGUUUUUAGACAAAUGUGGAUCAAUAAUGGCAAUGAGGUCAGUAAAAUAUAUGCUGGGACUGGUGCCAUUCAAGGUGGUUCUAAGCUGAUGGAUGGAGCCCGUUCUGCAGCUCGUACUAUUCAAAACAACCUACUGGAUAAUAGCAAACAAGAAGCCAUUGAUAUUCUUCUCCUCGGCUCAACUCUGAGCAGCGAGUUAGCUGACAGGGCAAGAAUUCUUCUUCCUUCAAAUAUGUUGCAUGCUCCUACCAGUGUCUUGCGAGAAAUGUGUAAACGGUUUUCGGAGUAUGUUCUCCCUGCAAAUGCCCGUGUUGCUGUUGGUACUUACAAUGUCAAUGGAGGAAAACAUUUCCGCAGUGUUGUUUAUAAAGAUGUUUCUCUAUCUGAUUGGCUAUUAGACGCCCCUCGUUUGGCAAAGUCAAAUUCUCUUGUUGAUGUCUCUAAUCCACCUGAUGAGGAGUGUCCUGUUGACAUAUAUGCUAUUGGCUUUGAAGAAAUUGUUGAUCUCAAUGCUAGUAAUAUUAUGGCUGCAAGUUCUGAAAAUGCAAAAUUAUGGGCAACAGAGCUUCAAAAAGUCCUAUCCCGUGAUCGUGAAUAUGUUGCAGUGACUUAUGUGCAGCUUGUAGGCGUAUGCUUGUAUUUGUUCGUUCGUAAAGAGCAUGCCCCAUUCAUCAGAGACGUUGCAAUUGAUUCUGUUAAAACUGGUUUGGGGGGUGCUACUGGUAACAAAGGAGCUUGUGCCAUAAGAUUAGUUUUCUACAGCACGUCCAUAUGCUUUGUCUGCGCUCAUUUUGCGGCUGGCCAAUCACAGGUUACUGAACGUAAUGCAGAUUAUGCUGAAAUAACCAGAAAAGUCUCAUUUCCCAUGGGAAGAACAUUGAAUUCCCACGAUUACGUCUUUUGGUGUGGAGAUUUUAACUACAGAGUUGAUAUGGAUAAAGAUGAAAUCAAAGAAUAUGUAAAGCGUGGGGAACUGGAACCAAUUUUGCAGUGUGACCAAUUAAGAGUUCAACAAGAGCAAGGAAAUGUCUUUAAGGGUUUUACUGAAGGAGAAGUGACUUUUCCUCCAACCUACAAGUAUGAUCUCUUCUCUGAGGAUUUUGAUACUAGUGAAAAAUGUCGUGCUCCAGCCUGGACUGAUCGAGUUUUGUGGAAGAGACGCAAGCAACAACCAGAAACUGAGAUAUGUGGAUCAGAUUGGAAUCCAGGCAGAUUGGUUCACUAUGGUCGUGCUGAAUUGAAACAAAGUGAUCACCGUCCUGUCAUAGCUAUUGUAGAUGUGGAUGUUUAUCGGGUUGAUGAUGAAAGGCGCAAGCAAGUGUUUAUGGAAGUUAUUCAGGAUCUAGGACCUCCAGAUGCCACUAUUGUGGUACAGGCUGUUGACUCAACUACAGGUGAAGAUAGUAGUGCUAUCUUCGAUGAUGAUUUCAUGACAGCAUUGCUUCAAGAAUUAGCUCAAAUUGGUGAAGUUAUCCUUGUGCGCUUUGUGGAAGACACCAUGUGGGUAACUUUCCGUGAUGGCCAGUGUGCACUUGCAGCACUGAAAAAGGGUUCUUUCAAACUCCUUGGGCAUACUCUCCAGUUGUCACUGAAAACAGACAAUUGGCAAGCUCAGACCGAGAAGGAAAUAGCUCUCUGUAGCAACAACACAACUGCACUGUGUGAUUACAUGGCCUUAUCUGGAUGGGACCUCGACGCAGAGUCUCCUGAUGAGGUGGACCCUAUUCUGAUCCGAGAGGGAUCCCUGGGCGGCUGGAGUCCUGGUGACGAGGACGACGCCCCCGCAGCGCCCAAGGGAGGGCCGCCCCCGCCGAGGCCUGCCCCACCUUCCAGACCGCCCCCGCCAGGCAGCUCCCCUGCUCAGGCCAGGAAGCAGAUCCCCAAGGCGGGCGUCAUCAGCCUCGGCGGCAGCAACAACCCCGACGUCCCCGCCGCCGCCCCCGCCGCGGCCCGCGCGGCGAGCGUCGACUUCAGGCAGAUGUCCGCCACCUACGCCAGCCAGACGGACGAGGACGGCAACGCCAUCUACGAAGAGAUCCUCGAGGACCCCAUCUGCCCCAGCGGGCCGCCGCCGCCGCCGCCCCGCUUCGACUCGACGGAGGCGGACGACGUGCCCGGCGCCGGCGCCGGCGUCCCCCCGCCCCUGCCGCAGCGCGCGGGCGCGCCCGUGCCCGCGCUGCCUAGCCGCCCGGGGCAGGCGCCGCCCGUGCCCAACCGGCCCGUGGCGCCGCCCAUACCCGCCCGCACCAACGGGCCGCCGCCCAUCCCCGCGCGCACGGGCGACGCCCAGCCGCCCGCGCCCACGCCGCCCAUGACACCGCGUCGCAACGCGAGCUGAGGGAAGCCACGCUAUUGCAUGGGCGACCGCCCGUUGUUGUCGCGAGACAAAAAUGUUGAACCCACCUUCCAAUUUGUUUUAAAUAGUUUGGUCCGUUGUUGUAAUUUAUAAUGUCAAUUUUCUUUCCUUUUUGUUCCCCUUUUUCUUUGUUGUUUACUCGACUUUUGCACACUAUUUUCCAGACCCUUGUGGGACUUGAACGUGUGUGUGGUGCGAGCUCUCCUUUAUUUUGCACAUUAGACUUCGUAGUCUUUGGUUUUGGAAGCAAACUAUCUGUUUAUGUAGUGUUUCAGUUUUAGUUUUCUAAAAUGUUUUUGGCCUCGUUAUACCUUAAUGGUGAAUCUUUGCAUAUUUUGGCAGUAUUUUCUUGCUUGUGAUCAUUUUUUUACUUGAAAUUUUAUCAAGAUUGUUUUAUAGAUGUUUAUUUUUGUUUUAAUGCAAAUAAUGUUAUUGAAAGAGAUUUUAUGGAAAAGCCCUUUAAAAAUGGCUUACGAGAUACUCUUUAAUGUAUUCUUUAUCUUUGUUGGAUUUAAUGAUACUUGUGUAGGAAACUCAAACUGUUUCUACUACUUUUUGAGCAGAUGACAUGAGAACAGCUUGUCAAAUACUUAUAAACCACUGAUGCAUCUCUGCCUGUUGUAGAAUGUUUUGGCUCUAUUAUACUAUUAGCCCUUUACAAAAUUACUAAUCUCUUCUGUCAUAUCAUCUAAUCAAGGGUAUCAAUACAAUUCGGACUUUCUGUCGCAUCUUAGGUGUCCUUGUCCCACUCACUCGUUCAUAUAUGUAACUUUAAAUGUGGUGAACAAUAUUUUCAAUAGAUGCUUUUUGCUGGAAAGCAAUAUUUUGAAAAGAGGCUUUGGUUUACUUUUCUGUUCCUUGACCAAGUUCUCUAAACGCACCUGUAGUCGAACAAUUUUUUUUUUAUUUGUGAUCUUAUUUUUUUUUAUUUCUCUGUGCUUCAGGGUCUAGAUUUUAUUAUGAAUAUGGUAUAUGUUACAUUGUUUCUUACGCAAUCAUGAUGUUUAAGAACUUAUUAAUUUUAUAUUUGGAGAUCCAUUCAAAGCCUCUUUAUCACUCAGUAGGUAGACCUUAAACGUAAAGAAAACCAAAUGCCAUUGGCUUGUGGUGCUCCUACCUAUAAUUUUAGUUGUCCUUUAUUAACUGCUGCUGUUAAUGAUGAAUCCAGUGGCAAAAUAAUGUAUGUAGCACUCAAAUUAUUUUUUGUAACAAAAGAAUGGUAUAUAUCUAUGUAAAUUGUUUCCCUUUUUGUUUUCUUAUAGCUGUCUAGUGCUAUGUAUCUUACAAAAAAAGGUAACACAAAGUAUUUGAAACAAAAAAAAAAUGCAUGCGACAACAAUAUUAGACAGAAAUUGUUGUGGAACAGAUUCCAACAUAUUAUCAUUGAACUCUUUGAGCUUGAUAACAUAGCGGUAUACGUAUAUUUCUUGAAGUAUUGUUCUCAUUGUUUCCAGUAAAGCACCAUUCUGAUAUUAUUGUUCAAGGGUCUGCAUGGGAAAAUUAAGAACAGAAUAUGUUGGUAAAACUUUCAUCAAACUUGAUUUUGUUUGUUGUUUUCUGGUCAGUUUGUAGAAGUUUUGCUCUUAUUCCCUCUUUUGUGUCAGUGGCCCAUGCUGAUUCUGGUGAAGCUGUAUUGUUAAGGCCAUAAAGAUAUUUGUAGAUCAUUUAUUGUUAGUGCAGAAGGUGACAAAACAUUCCUUUAAUUUGUUAUGUGGAGGCUUCAGAAAACAUUCCUUAGGUAUUAAUACACGCUUAAAUUCUGUAUUCUAUUAAAUUAUUCAAUAAGUCCAAUGUUAAUUGAAAGGUAUGUAUCAGAAGGCACAUUCAUUGUUUUUAAACCUUGUUGGUCAUAAAAAUGGUUCAAAUGGUAGAGAUUUAGUGAUUGGCAGAGGUUUUAGAAUUGCUUGAAUAAUGUAGGUGAGAACAAUUUCUUAAUGUUCUGCAUAGCUUGUGAAGGCAGCUAAACCGCCCAAUUACUGGAACCUUAGGGUGUCCACUUGUUACUACGUAUGAAGCACUUGCGUUGUAGUCACCUUUCAAUUUUGAUCUGUGUGCUAGCCAUUUGUGUAUGUUGUUGUUUUUACAAGUAUCAGUAUUUCUUUUAACUUACAUGAACACUUUGAUCUCUACUUCUGAGUGAUCCAUUUCUCAUUACCGUAAGUUCAAAAUUUAAUGUAAUGUUUGCAAUCCAGUUGGUUGUUUGCAGUUCACUCAAUAUGAUUUCUAAAUUAGUUAUACAACUUCAAAUCAAACUGUUCAGUUUCCUUGUAGAUACAAUUUUCCAUCAUUGAAAAUUAUCUUGCUGUGUCUGUAGCCAUGUUCUUUUGGCUACAUGGUCUUAAAAGAGUAUCAGUCUUGAAUUGCUAGUAUAUCUUCAGUUUCCUGUGUAAUAUUUUAUCUAAGAUUCAUGACUGUGCCAAUAAUGACAAAGCACAGGAACGGAAAGAAGUAUUUUAAAGUUCCUCUAUUUCCAGUUGUCUGUAGCUAGUAUCACCCCUGUAAACUAAUUUAAGCUGAAAGCUGCCUAAAUGAUUUGACCAUAUUUCUAUUUACUUUCCCCCACAGAAGCUAAAUCUGGAUUGGCUUCUUAAAGCUUUGUUGAAGAUUUAUUAUCUGUUAUUGGCAAUUAAGUCUAGUAAAUGUAGAAUGGGCAAUUCAAUUAGUCACUUUAAAGCUCUCUGACAUCUGAGUAGCCCUUGGGUUAGAUUACAAUUAUAAAUAGGAUGUAAUAAAUUAUUAAUAUCUGUGAUUAUUGUUUAGUGUGUACCUGUAAAAGGCAUGAGCACUGUGUAGAUGCUAACUAAACACCUAUCCUAAUACAGCAGAGUGUACUCAUUACCAAUGCCUGAUGUAUAUCGAUGCUAGGAGGAGCGGAGACAAAGUCACUAUUGAUUUUCUCCUUGUUACCAAAGCUUUGCAAAAAAUACUUUAACCGAAUAUAUGAAAUGUGCAUAGAAAAAAGUGAGGAAAUGAAUAAAGGAGAUGUCGAAAAUAG